GAGAAAUUUGAGGGUCUCUUUCGAGCGUACGAUGACUGUGUCACCUUACAACUUUUCAAGAGCUUCCGAAGAGUUCGAAUAAACUUUAGUAACCCAAAGGCAGCAGCGCGGGCAAGGAUAGAGCUACAUGAGACACAGUUCAGAGGGAAGAAAUUAAAACUUUAUUUUGCACAGGUCCAAACAACAGAAACAGACGGUGACAAACUCCACCUGGCACCACCACAGCCUGCUAAACAAUUCCUCAUCUCUCCUCCUGUAUCCCCUCCAGUGGGUUGGAAGCCCAUAGAUGAUGCAACCCCAGUCAUCAAUUAUGAUCUCCUUUAUGCAGUUGCUAAGCUUGGCCCAGACCAAGCCCUCCCUUCAUGGCGGUGGCCUCUUUCAGCAGGAUAAUGCCCCACGGACACACUGCAGACCUUUUUCAGGAAUGAGGAACGUGAUAA